UUGUGCAAAGAAAUGGUAUAGCAAACAAAAAGCCUUUGCUCACUGCAUACAUAUUAAGUUGAUCAAAGUAAUACGAAGCAAUUUUAAGCCAAUGGCCAGGAUUUCAUUCAAGCUCCUUGCUCCUGCUGUCUUAGCAGUACUCAUGAUGAGUACUACGUAUACAACAUCAGCUGAUAAUACAUUGGAUGGAAGGAUGGCAUCGACAACAACACCUAACUCUGAAGAAAUGCCAAAUGUUUACAUAAUAGAAGAAGUUGCGAUUGUUAAACCAAAAGCAAAUAUGAAGAACAAUAUCAUCGAAAACCAGAAAUCAAACAUGAUAAAUAUGAUCUUAAUGAAGCAACGACCAAGUAAGGCAAUUGAGACCAUUCUAAAUUGCCAAUCAGAAGGCCAAUAUUGUAACACUCUCACUGGACCAAAUUGUUGCAGUGGUAUUGCAUGUGUACAAGCACCUAUUGUAGGUGGUGUGUGUCACCAAUGGUGAUAACUAAGGGAUAACAUAUAGCCCAUGCAUGCAAACUAGCGCAUAGAUACUGUGCUGCUGCAUCACCUCUGUGCGUGGGAAUUAUGUUGCUUCAUCGAUCAGAGUAGUAAUAUAUAAUGCAUCAUGUUAGCUACCUUACUUUUCUGCUGCUAGCUCUUUACUUGGUUUAGUAUACAAACUAAACUAAGCAGAGCAAAUUCUAAAGAGUGUGUUAGGUUUGUAAGGAAUAAGGAUGCAUGGAAUGUACUAGUCUACAAUCUACAUGUGUGUGAUCAUCAUAAUAAUCAAAAGACUUUCUAUGAAAAGUCUUUAUUUCUUGUGA